CAUCUCAACUCGAGUCCUAGAGACCUGGAAUAGAAACAAGUCCUGACAGUGAUGGUGUACAGCGGUGAAGUGGAACAGAGGAAUUUGGGUUCUUACUGUUUCAAAAAUAAAUACAAAAACUAAAAAAAAACAGGAAUUUUAUCGAAGUAAGGAAGCAGAUUGCAGAAAACGUGAUUGCGAGCCUUUUGGCGUGGCUACGGAGCGAUAAUUAGCGCUGAUUUUAAUUCUCAAGGAAGGUUGAUCUUUAUUCAUGAAAAUGGUACCAGAGACUAAAGUCAAAAAAUCAAGGAAGAUCACUGCCCGGAAUGAUGCGGAGAAUAUUACGAGCGAUAAGCAAAAGAAUAAGAAUAAUAAGAAGAAAAAGCGCAGGAAGCCGGAAAGCUAUGCAAGGUAUAUUUACAGGGUAAUGAAAAUAAAUUACCCGUAUAUCGGUAUAAGCGUUAAAGCAAUGAGCAUCAUGGACAGCUUUAUGAAAGAUAUGUUUGAACGGCUUGCCGAGGAAUCGUCUCGGCUCGCUCACUACAACAAACGAUCCACGAUCACGGAUCGGGAAAUAAAAACCGCGGUCAAGUUUAUCCUGCCGGGAGAACUUGCCAUUCACGCUAUCCACGAAGGAAACAAGGCUCUAACAAAGUACGAAAAGUCAAAAUAGCCAGAGGUUCUUAGAUUUUAGAAGAAGAAAAUAAAUAUUUAUUUUCUUUGUUUUGUAAUAUUUAAAAUUUUAAUUACGGUCAUUUUAAUUACGGCGUUUAGAAACGUCACGUGAUAUAAAUGCAGGUCAUUUAGCAAAUUUCUUAUCUAUUAACUGAUGGAUAGUUGAAAUAUGAAGAAAAACAAUAAUAAUGUAAAUAAAUAAUUAAUAAUGU